AUGAGUGAGUCCGAUCUUCCGAUCGACGAACUGAUGGAAAGUCUGGACACUGAUAGGUCCGGGACAGUAAGUGCCGAAGAACUUUUCGCAGCUCUUGAAGGAUCAGGGCUUAGCCUGGAUGAUAUAAAGGAUUUCAUUGCCACCAUUGACAAAGACGGUGAUGGCCAGCUUGACCGGGAAGAACUGCGGGCCUUUUUCAGAGCAAUAGGAUACUAA